CAAAAGCAGAGAUAUAGAGCGAAUUUUCCCGCCAUUUCUGAGUCUUCCACUACUACGGCCACCAUUCUCCCCUCUAUCCCUCUUUCUCCACAUCCCGUCCGCACGACACAGACCGCCGCCGCCGCGAAGAUCUACGACGAUGGCGGAGGCGCCGAAAAAUAUGAAAUCCUCCGUGUCCGCCAGCCGGACCCCGAAGAGACGGCAAGCCCCCGUUUCCUCCCCGAACCAAAUCAUCGCACCCCAGACCCCGCAAAUCUCGACGCCAGUGACCUCCACCCUCCGACGAUCUGUCCGCUUCACAAUCUCCACGCCAAAAUCUCCUCCUACACCGCCUCCCCAGGCAAUUUCCCCACACUCCGCUGUCAAAACCCCGAAAUCUCGCCAGAUCGCGCUGCCCCAACUUUCACCCGCCGCCAUUUCCAUAAUCCCAGCAUCUCCGAAAACUACCGAACCAAGGAGGAAGAGGAAGCUUCCAGAAGAGAAACAGACUCCGGUCUCAGAGAAGAAAAGGAUCUCGAGGUGCAACAAAACUAGAAACGGUGGUCACAAAUCUAGGAGAAGGUCGUACUACAGAAAGGUGGUUUUUGAUGGGGUUGAGUUUUCGGCCGGCGAUGAUGUUUAUGUGAAGAGGAGAGACGACGCCAGCUCGGACAAUGAGGAGCCUGAGGUGGAGGAAUGCAGAGUGUGUUUCAAGCCUCCCGGGAGGCAGGUUAUGAUCGAGUGCGAUUUUUGCUUGUUUGGAUUUCACCUGAAGUGUGUGAAUCCUCCAUUGAGAGAGGUUCCAGAAGGGGAUUGGGUUUGCAAUUACUGUGAGGCGAAAAAAUCGGGGAAAAUGGUGGACUUUCCAGAGCCGCCCAAGGGGAAGAAGAGGGCUAGGACUGCUAGGGAGAAGUUGCUCUCGAGUGAUUUGUGGGCUGUGCGUAUAGAGAGUUUAUGGAAGGAAGCGGACGGUACUUACUGGUGUCGAGCACGGUGGUAUAUUAUUCCGGAGGAGACGGCUGUGGGCAGACAAUAUCAUAACUUGAGGAGGGAGCUUUAUCGCACUAAUGAUUUUGCUGAUAUUGAGAUGGCGUCCGUUAUUAGGCACUGUUAUGUUAUGGCUCCAAAAGAAUUCUCUGUUGCUGCCAAUGAUGGAGAUGAUGUGUUUCUUUGUGAAUAUGAAUACGAUAUAAAGUGGCAUAGCUUCAAACGUAUUGCAGAGAUUGAUAAUGAUGAUGAUGGUGAAGGAGCUGAAAAGGAUGACAACGAUGACGAUUGGGAUUCUUAUGAUGACUCAGAUUCUGCCUCAGAAGAUGACAUCGACUAUGAUGAUGAGACCAAAAUCAGUUCACUGGCUCAAGCCUCUUUAUCUCACCCAGUGGCUGCUUGCCUGGGAAGAUGCCUAUACAUUCAUGGUGUUCCUGGGACUGGCAAGACAAUGAGUGUGCUUGCUGUGAUGAGACAUUUGAAGUCCGAGGUUGAUGCGGGAAGCAUAAGGCCUUACUGCUUUGUUGAGAUUAAUGGUCUCAAACUGGCCUCGCCAGAGAAUAUAUAUAGUGUAAUCUAUGAGGGAUUAACUGGACAUAAACUUGGGUGGAAAAAGGCACUCAAUUUGCUAAAUGAGCGAUUUUCAGAUGAAAAUAAUCAUGCAAAAGAUACGAAGCCUUGUAUUCUUCUCAUAGAUGAACUUGAUCUUCUAGUAACCAGAAACCAGUCAGUUUUAUACAAUAUCCUUGAUUGGCCCACCAAGCCUAAUUCCAAAUUGAUUGUGAUAGGAAUAGCAAACACCAUGGAUCUUCCAGAGAAGUUGCUCCCACGCAUCUCUAGUCGUAUGGGCAUACAGAGGCUUUGCUUUGGACCUUACAACUAUCAGCAGCUUCAGGAAAUAAUUUCCAGUCGCCUCAAAGGGAUUGAUGCUUUUGAAAAACCUGCAAUUGAAUUUGCUUCAAGAAAGGUAGCUGCUGUUUCUGGUGAUGCUCGUCGUGCCCUGGAGAUCUGCAGGCGUGCUGCAGAACUUGCUGAUUACCAUGCUAAAAGAUCUCCACUUUCUAGCUCAGAUGCAGGCAGGACAAUGAUUUCAUUUCUUCUUUUCCAAUAUAAAAUAUUCAUUUCCAUGACGAAAGCCCAUAAGAAUAAUCAUAAUUUGAAAGUCAUGGUAGGUAUGGCAGAUAUUGAAGCAGCAAUAAAAGAGAUGUUUCAGGCUCCUCAUAUCCAGGUGAUACGAAGUUGCUCUAAACUGAGUAAAAUAUUCUUAGCUGCCAUGGUGCAUGAACUUUAUAAAACAGGAAUGGGUGAAACAACUUUUGAAAAGUUGGCAAUGACCGUCUCAUGUUUCUGCUCAAGCAAUGGAGAAAUGUUUCCAGGAUAUGAUACACUCUUGAAAGUCGGCUGCAAGCUUGGGGAAUGCAGAAUUUUAGUGUGUGAAGCCGGCUCACGGCACAAAUUGCAGAAACUGCAACUCAACUAUCCAAGUGAUGAUGUUACAUUUGCACUUAAGGAAAGCAAAGACCUGCCUUGGCUGACCAAGUAUCUCUAGAUUAGAAACUUCAGAUCGGAUAAUGGAUAUUUAUUCAUGAAUCCUGUUGUUGCUCUUAUUAUUUUUCCCUGUGUGUUGAGGUGAUUGCAAUACUUUGAGCUAGAGAACAAUUUUGAAUUUUUUUUCCCUCAUUUUUUCUUUCUUCCUCAAGGAAACAUAUAUGAUACAUGAUAUGGGCUGAACACAUUUAUUUGAACCGUAAAUUGGUGAAAGAUUUAUAGACGCUUCUGCUAUUGUUAACUUGAUUUUGGUUUCGCGUUCUCUGUGAGUUAUUUGUCCACAACUAACAUUCAUUACUGACCCGGAAAACAUUUGUUUGCUGA